UUUUAUUCUGUAGUUGAUAAGGCCGACUCUUUAUUAAAAAAUGCUCCGGGUUGGAACGAAGAUUUAGCCACCGAAAGUGAAGCUGACGUCAAGGCAGAUUUAGAUCCCUAUGUUGACCCAGAGACAUUAAAGGAAGAAACUGCUGAAUGGGUGGCUACUCACAAAGAUGCCAACGGCAAUAUUAAAAAAUAAAAAAAGAGAGUCUUACUUUUUUUUUUACAACUCAAUAAAAAAGAAAAAAAAAAUUUAUGAUAUAUUCAAACUCAGAAAAGUAUAACUAAGCGUCUCACCGGUCUGUGCUUUUUGUGCCUCCUUCCAUUUUCAUUAAUCAACAAUGAGUAAAGUUAGCGCUUCUGCCGUCAGAGAUAUCGUCAAUGUUAUCCAGGCCCAAUCCCUCGAAAAGCAACGUAAGUUCACUGAGACUCUCGAACUCCAAAUUGGUUUGAAGAACUACGAUCCCCAACGUGAUAAGCGUUUCUCUGGUACCAUCCGUCUCCCCAACGUUGCUCGUCCUCGUAUGACUGUUUGUGUCCUCGGUGAUGCUUUCCAUUGUGAUCAAGCCAAGGGUGCCGCUAUGGAGUUCCAAUCUGUUGAAGAUUUGAAGAAGCUCAACAAGAACAAGAAGCUCAUUAAGAAGCUCGCCAAGAAGUACGAUGCUUUCCUUGCUUCCGAAGCUCUUAUUAAGCAAAUUCCUCGUCUUUUGGGUCCCGGUCUCCACAAGGUUGGUAAGUUCCCUACCCCCGUUUCCCACAACGAUUCUUUGGUCGAUAAGGCCAACGAGCUCCGUGCCACCAUCAAGUUCCAAUUGAAGAAGGUUCUCUGUCUCGGUGUCGCUGUCGGUCAUCUCGGUAUGACUGAGGAUCAAUUGAUUGCCAACAUUAUGUUGUCCGUCAACUUCCUCGUCUCUCUCCUCAAGAAGAACUGGCAAAACGUCAAGUCUUUGUUCUUGAAGUCCACCAUGGGUAAGCCUCAUCGUCUCUUCUAAGUCCAUUCGACUUUUGGUCUAUUUCGAAAUUUUAUGUUACUUUAGUCUUCAGCGCUAUCAUACUCUGACGGUGUACCAAGGUUGUCUUUACAGAUGAUCAUUUGGGAGCUUUCAUAGCUAUUGUACUCAUUUAUAUUGAUUUUACAUACUUUUUUUUAAUAAAACAAUCUAAAAAAGCACUCUUUCUCUUGUCUUUAUCCUUUCCUUUGUACAUUCUCUUCAUCCUGACAUGUCUACAUUUUGUUCAUUACAUUCUCCUCAUUCUGAAUGUCACCUCCCCCUCCCCCCGGAACGGCGAUGGUAUGGCCCGCACCCUUUUACGAAUUACACGCUUUGUAUGUGUAGUGUAUAAUUAGAGAUACAGCCAAAUGUCAAAAACGGCUGUCG